AUGGCUGUGGGAACUGCUUUGCAAGACCGCCUAGAAAGGUGGUCGCAACGUCUAAAUAACCUCACUGUUUCGCCAUUGACUCGUGACUAUCCCGACACACAAAAGCCUGAUAGCGAUAGCAAGCGGGUCAUUGAGGCAUUUGAGUCUGUCAAACUACCUAAGGAAACCCAAUUGGCUUUGAAGAAGCUGUCUGCGUCGUCAUCUUCUGAAUUCACUGUCUUUUUGACUGCCUUUGUCAUUCUUGUGGCCCGUUUGACCGGCGAUGAGGAUAUCGCAGUGGGAACCAGCGUGGGCGAAGAUGGCCGUCCAUUCGUUCUCCGAGUUCCCAUCAACUCCUCUGAGACAUUUACCCAGCUCUAUGCUAAGGUCGACAAGGCGUUCAACGAAGGUGCUUCUGAGAUCGUGCCUUUAGGCAGUCUUCGCUCCUACAUUCAAGACAAAUCCAAGUCCGAAAGAGCCCCCAUCCUUUUCCGCUUUGCUGCUUACGAUGCUCCGGCUGCCUCGCAAGAAUAUCCCGCCAACACAUUUGACAGCACCGAUUUGGUGGUCAACAUCGCCCCGGGAUCGGCAUCACAGGUAGAAUUGGGUGCCUAUUAUAAUCAACGUCUCUUCUCGAGUGCGCGUAUUGCCACAAUUCUUAAACAGCUGGCUAAGAUUGCUGAGAAUGCUGCUGUAAACACUGAAGAGCCUGUAGGUCGAGUUGACAUGAUGACUCCGGAUCAACUCGCCCUUCUGCCCGAUCCUACAGCCGACCUCAACUGGUCUAAGUACCGCGGUGCUAUUCAUGAAAUAUUUGCCGCAAACGCCGAGAAGCACCCUGAAAAGCUGUGCGUUGUGGAAACUAAGUCGAGCAACUCUACGCACCGCGAGUUCACCUAUAAACAGAUUAGCGAGGCUUCAAACAUCCUCGGACACCAUCUAGUACAAUCUGGUGUUCAGAGAGGGGAUGUUGUCAUGGUUUAUGCCUACCGCGGCGUCGAUCUGGUAGUUGCUGUGAUGGGUAUUUUGAAGGCCGGUGCUACCUUCUCCGUUAUUGAUCCUGCAUACCCCCCUGAGCGCCAAAAUAUUUAUCUUGAUGUCGCUCGUCCUAGUGCCCUGGUAAAUAUUGCCAAGGCUACCCGUGAUUCUGGUGAGCUGUCCGACAUUGUUCGGACUUUCAUUAAUGAGAACUUGGAUCUCCGCACCGAGGUUCCAUCACUUGCUCUUCAAGAUGAUGGCACUCUUCUGGGUGGUUCGAUCAAUGGCCAGGAUGUUUUUGCCAAGCAAGUUGAGUUGAAGUCAAAGCCCGUUGGCGUUGUUGUGGGCCCUGAUUCCACCCCAACUCUGUCCUUCACCUCCGGCUCGGAGGGCCGCCCUAAGGGCGUUCGUGGUCGCCACUUCUCCCUUGCCUAUUACUUCCCUUGGAUGUCUGAGACAUUCAAGCUUACUCCCAAUGAGAAGUUCACGAUGCUGAGCGGUAUUGCCCACGAUCCAAUCCAGCGAGAUAUCUUCACCCCGCUAUUCUUGGGUGCACAGCUGUUGGUUCCUGCCAGAGAGGACAUCCAAAAUGAGAAGCUCGCCGAGUGGAUGAAGAAUUAUGGUGCCACUGUUACCCAUCUUACUCCGGCUAUGGGUCAGAUUUUGGUUGGCGGUGCCUCUGCUCAGUUCCCGAACCUGCACCAUGCAUUCUUUGUCGGUGACAUCUUGAUCAAGCGUGACUGUCGCUCACUGCAAGGUUUGGCUCCGAAUGUGAACAUUGUCAACAUGUACGGAACUACCGAGACCCAGCGUGCUGUCAGUUACUACGAAAUCCCCAGCUACUCCAGUAAGGAGGGUUUCCUUGAUACCAUGAAGGAUGUCAUCCCGGCCGGUCGUGGAAUGCUGGACGUGCAGAUGCUCGUUGUCAACCGCUUUGACCCCACUCGGAUAUGUGCCAUCGGUGAAGUGGGUGAGAUCUACGUGCGUGCUGCCGGUCUCGCUGAAGGCUAUUUGGGAACCCCAGAUCUGAGCGCGAAGAAGUUCCUGACCAAUUGGUUUGUCAAGCCCGAAGUCUGGGUCGAAAAUGACCAGGGUGGGAACGAGCCAUGGCGGGAGUUCUAUGUUGGCCCUAGAGACCGACUUUACCGUAGUGGUGACCUGGGACGUUACACCCCAUCUGGAGACGUUGAGUGCUCAGGCCGUGCCGAUGACCAGGUUAAGAUUCGUGGUUUCCGUAUUGAAUUGGGAGAGAUUGACACUCACCUUUCCCGCCAUCCCCUAGUCCGUGAAAAUGUUACUCUGGUCCGUCGAGACAAGUUCGAGGAGCCGACCCUAGUCAGCUACUUCGUACCUGAUAUGAGCCAGUGGGCCAAAUGGCUGGAGAGCAAGGGUCUUACGGAUGAUGACUCGGCUGAGGGUAUGGUUGGUAUGCUUCGUCGCUUCCGCCCUCUCCGCGAUGAUGCUCGUGAUCACCUCCGCAGCAAGCUCCCUGCCUAUGCUGUCCCUAGUGUGAUCAUUCCCCUCAAGCGUAUGCCGCUGAACCCUAAUGGCAAGAUUGAUAAGCCUGCCCUGCCUUUCCCUGAUACCGAGGAACUUAGUGCGGCCGCCCCGCGUCGCCGUUCUUCCGUGAUGCAGACACUAUCCGAGACUGAGCAAGCUCUUUCUCAGAUUUGGGCUAAGCUGAUUCCCAACGUGACUGCUCGCAUGAUUGGUCCUGACGACUCGUUCUUCGACCUUGGUGGUCAUAGUAUUCUGGCCCAGCAAAUGUUCUUCGACCUGCGCCGUAAGUGGCGCGGCAUUGACAUCAGCAUGAAUGCCAUCUUCCGCAGCCCCACUCUCAAGGGUUUCGCCGGUGAGAUUGAUCGUCUGAUUGACGCGGAAACAUUUGAGAUCAACGGCGACAAGGCUUCUUCUGCUGCUGCGCCCACUGCCAAUGAGCCUAAUGAUGAAUACUCGAAGGAUGCCAAACAGUUGGUCAGCGAGUUGCCCCAAUCCUUUCCUACUCGCGGUGAUGAUAUUUUGUCCAGCGAGCCUACAGUAUUCCUCACUGGUGCUACUGGUUUCCUUGGUGCUCAUGUUCUACGUGAUCUGGUCACCCGUAAAGCGCCCUCGACCAAGGUCGUCGUUCUGGUUCGUGCCAAGAGCGAUGAACAGGCUCUUGAGCGUGUUCGAUCUACUUGCAAGGCUUAUGGUUUCUGGGAGGAUGCCUGGACGAGCCAAAUCGAAGCUGUCUGUGGUGACCUUGGCAAGCCCCAAUUUGGUCUGUCGCAGUCCGUAUGGGAUGACCUUACCAACCGUGUUGAUGCAGUGAUUCACAACGGCGCGCUCGUCCAUUGGGUCUACCCGUACUCAACUCUGAGAGCUCCCAAUGUGAUGGGUACUAUCGAUGCUCUGAAACUGUGCGCCACCGGUAAGGCCAAGCAGUUUGCUUUUGUCAGUUCCACUAGUGCCCUCGACAACGAUCACUAUGUACAAGAGUCUGAGCUUAGCAUCGCGGCCGGUGGCACUGGUGUGAGCGAAGAAGACGAUCUCGAUGGCAGCAGAGUCGGACUUGGUACUGGCUACGGUCAGAGCAAAUGGGCCAGUGAAUACCUCGUUAAGGAGGCUGGUAACCGUGGACUGAGAGGCACCAUUAUUCGCUCUGGAUACGUUCUGGGUGACUCUCACACUGGUACUACCAACACUGAUGACUUCUUGAUUCGCAUGCUCAAGGGCUGCAUUCAGUUGUCUUCUCGGCCAAACAUCAACAACACAGUGAACAUGGUUCCUGUUGAUCAUGUGGCUCGGAUCGUUAUCGCAUGUACCUUCUUCCCGCCACGCACUCCCGUCGGCGUCGCCCACGUCACUGGACACCCACGUCUGCGGUUCAACCAGUUCCUCGGUGCGCUUCAGAGCUAUGGUUACGAUGUACCACAGGUUGAUUACGUUCCAUGGGCUCAGUCCCUUGAGCAAUAUGUCAAUGACGGCCAGCACGAUGACAAGGAGUCGCAACAUGCACUGAUGCCCCUGUACCACUUCGUCACUGCCGAUCUUCCGUCCAACACCAAGGCCCCGGAGUUAGAUGAUACUAAUGCGGCUGCAGCUCUAAAGGCUGACGCAGCCUGGUCUGGUGUCGAUGCAUCCGCCGGUGCCGGUGUUACCGAGGAGCUAGUUGGUUUGUAUUCUUCUUAUCUUGUACAAACCGGAUUCCUCCCACCACCAACUGUGGCCGGAGCACGUCCUCUGCCCACAGCUCGUAUUACCGAUGAACAGAAGAAGACCUUGUUGAGUGUUGGAGGUCGUGGAGGUGCUGCAUGA